AUGGCCUACUCAUUCACGGAAGGUGAAAAGAGGUUUAUCCUCGGUGAGGUUAUCAAAACCAGUAACUUAGACGUGGGCCAUCUGGUCGAGUUUCUUAAAGCAUACCAAAUCGACCCAGACUGGCUCAAAAUGCAGUUGCCAAGUGGACGCACAAUGGAACAGUGCAUACAAGCCACCGAACACAUGUUCCAGGGCCCGAUGAAAGUACCAGAUCUGAAGCGCAAAUCCAUGAACGAUCUUCUCGAGCAGCCACCCAAACGGCUGGCAGUGGCACCGCCGAUGGAACCACCGGCACAGCUGCCGCCGCUUGCCUCUGCCCAGCAAAGCCCUGCGGCAUAUGGCAAUUCGAUACCUAUGCAUUCGAUUCUACCACAGCUGCAGAACACCCAGCUUGCGAGUAUAAAACCCCGUCCGAUCACCACUGGCGUCGACAGCAGACCGGCCUCGAACGGGUACCCGAGCCCCAGUCAACCACAAGCCGCGCCGCCUCUACCUCGGAAAAGAGGCAGGCCCUCCCGGGCAGAUAAGGCGAGGCAGUUGAGGCCUCUGCUUCCGCAGCACCUCACACCCCUCGCGCCUGCACCCGCGCCGCUGCCUCCUCCUUCAGCCAGAGACAGUCCAGGCACCCCAGCAGAAGGCUCUGCGUAUAGCCUUUCUCCUGGCCCGGCUUCAGAAGCAGUCAGCGAAGCACCUAGGAAGAAGCGCGGUCGGCCGAGACGCCCCAUGCAGCAGAUCAACCAAGGACGCCAUCGGGCAGGUCAACACCAGUUGAAGCUACCCGUGGCCGACCUGAUGAUAUACCUCGAGAAUCUUACGACGAGCGAGCGCAAUUGCCCGAAUCACAGAAAGAAAGAGCCAUACCCCACAUUGGCCACCUGA